CUCGAUCACUCAUUCUCGCGAUCUCGGAACGGAAGAACGUGCAAGUUUUCCGCAAUUAAUCGAUUCUGUGCCAAGAAACAAUUGCAAGAUGAUGACAUACGCGAACAGCAAGCCAUUAAUAAUUGCAGUGAACGCUUUUAUUGUGGCAGCCGUUGUUAUAUUGUUGUUAAUCUACUAUUUUUCGAACAAAAUUGAAGAUCCUCAAAGUAACUGAAGAUGCAGUGGGACAAAUCGGUGUAUGUGUUCGUCCUGCAGACGAAGACUGAUGCUGCUGCAUUUGCGGUGAGAGUGCGUGCCUCGCAUAAGUUGGGAACGUUAACCGGCAGCAGGACCAAGGACGAAGGACGAAGGACGAGCUGGAACUGAGUCUGGCAGCAAACUAUGGCAUAGCGGAUCGAACAGAUUGAUGAGUUGUUGAAAAAUGGCAAACUUAAACAACAAUUCCACUCCGCAGAAUGGGGAGCAUGGGAAUGACUAACGAUGAGCAGAGAGUGCGGCCUCUGUGCGAAAUUUCACAUUUGGUUAGCACACGCAGCUUUGGAAAAGGGCAGAACAACAGGAUGGAUUUGCGAGCACACAAGGACGAACAUUUACAUGCACUCUACAUCUUAACAUAAGUUGAUAAAUAAUAAUACUUUCAAAUUGUGUAGGAAAUGAGGUACUACAUUUACACUCAAGCAAUCGCUUUCAGCAAGGAGAACUGCAUGUGAUCUUCAUGACAUUUAAAGUUGAAUAGAAUAACUUAAUUCGUUUUGUAUGUAUCGGAUGCUAUGUAUGGGGUAUUGGUAAUUCUAAAAUAGAUCUUAAACUAUUUCAAACCCAGUUGGCCUUUCGUCAACUUCCAGAUCUUUGUGUCGGCGAAAGCUGAGCUCUAAAAAGGCUAUAUUUAUUUAUUUAUUUCGAGUAGCUCGAGUAUUCCGAAACCAUGAGUAUGGACUACACAAGUUGGGUGCUGAACCGCCUGGCGGACUUCUACCGCUCGAUCUACUUCUACGUGUCGCUGUUCUCGCUGGGCUACUGCCUGGUGUUGUACCAGGUGCGGAAGAGGAUCUACCAGAUGGACUUGUCCUGGGAGAGGGUCUCGCUGGUCUACAGCUGCAGCGGGGCACUGAUUCUGAUGCUGACCCUGAUAAUCUACUACGCCUGGGUGGCCAUUGGACUGAUUUGGCGGCAAUAUUGCGUACAUAAUCGCGCCGCGAAUCGCACUCGAUUGCUGUUCCACUUGUACAGGAGGCAGCAGGUCGGGGAGCUGAAGUAGUGAUCUGAUUAAUCCCCGAAUUGCUUUCAAUAAAUUAAUCAGUGUGGCACUAAAUGGGCGCUGGAAGCAUUGGUAGCAGGGCCAUAUGCAAAUCGUUUAAUCAAAAUGUAAAUGCAAAUGCGAAAAAUUAAAAUGUUCUCUCGUCAGAAGUCGCGCAAACAGA